AGGAAACCAGCUGGCUGAAACACCUAUCUCCAGACACAGAGAUGGGAGACCUAAGAUGCCCAGUGGGGGCAUCUCAAUCCAUGGCAAAAUUCUUUGGGGCAUCACUUAAUUGCUUGCUUACAUCCUUUCUCAAACACCUUCUCAGGUCUCAGGGUGACCUGUUCUCUAUGUCUCUUCACAAAGCAUGUUCACUUGUGUUCAUUCAUCUACCCACAGGGGCCUCCAAGGAACCACCACCCACUCCAACCAGGCUCUCAAAGAGGCAGGUGAAGCACAAGGUGGAGAGCCUGACCACUCAGCUCCAGGUGAUGACCGCCCAACGGAAUGAUCUGAGAGAUCGCCUCAUAUUAGUAACCGAAGGAUCCUUGGACAACAGGCCCUACCACAGGCCAAAUCCUUUCUAUGAAAAGCUCAAGAUGGAACAUCAGCAGGUCAUGUCAGACCUGCAGAAUUUCGAGAAUGAGAAUUGGGAGGCCUCACAGAAGCUCAGUGAGCUGACCAAAGAGAAAGUCUUCCUUUGUGAUCUGCAGAGCCGGCUCCUGAUGGAGCAGAGUCAGCUCAAAAAGAAAUUGGAUAUGCUGAGGCAAGAGAAGGAGAACCUACUGGAGGAUUGGGUCCUGCUGAAGCAACACUUGGGUGACUUGCAAGUGCUCAAUAAUGAUCAAGAAGAUAGCAGUGACCUCCAGAACCAGCAACAGGAGGACCAACAAAGAAUGGAAGAGAGACUCCAGAGCUUGCUGAAGCAGAGGGAGCUGGUCACACAGCAGAAAAACCUGGCAAUAAAGCUGCAGCAUCAUUUGACUGUUUCUCAGAUGAGACCCAGGCAGAAGUUGGGGUAUGGAGCCAAUUGGGUCCCCUGUACCAGGGCUCUCUGUCCUUUGUGGGCUUUUGCUUAUCAGCAAGACUCCCUUCUCCAAGCAUGGGUAGACCAACUCAGAACUCAGAGAAUUAUGCUGGUCCCAUCAACAAGAACUUCUGUCCAGCAAACAUUAUGUUUGAUACUCCCUGGGUCUGUAGACUUGUGUCCCAUCCCUCCCUUCUGAUUUCUCUGGUAUGUUCUCAGCAGGCUUUCCUUGAACACAGAGAUCUGCCUGCUUAUGCCUCCCAAGUGAUGGGAUUUAAAGGUGUGCCUCA